AUGUCAACAAACCGGGUGCGAGAUGUGUUGAAGAAAAGGAGAAGUAUGGAGCUCGCCUGUUGUCUCGUCUUUUAUUCGGCGUUAUGUGUCUAAAAUGUGCUUCACGUGAAACCAUGUGCCUUAGGAAGGUUAAUAGGACGCACUCCGGAUUAUAAUAAUUUAAUUUGGGAGAUUUUGAAGGAAGACGUUCAUAAUGAUGAUCGGCUUUUUUAAAUCCAGCGUCAACGUCGUGCUCGUAAUGGCCUACGGAAGUCUGGUCUUUGUUUUGCUGUUCAUCUUCGUCAAAAGGCAAAUUAUGCGGUUUGCCAUGAAGUCUCGGAGAGGGCCACAUGUUCCCCUUGGCCACAAUGCUCCUAAGGAGCUGAGGCAAGAAAUUGAAAACAAACUGCAUUUGGUCCAGAAAAUCCACUUUGAGCCUCGCCUGCUGUCUCCAGAUGAUGACCGGCUAAAACACAGAGAACAACCUGGUUGCUAUGACUACCUGUACAGGAUGAGAGCGCUGGAUGCCAUCAGAGACACAGAUUUGCCGUUCCGCGAGCUGGGCGGGACUCCCACCGCCGUGACCGGGAAAAGAUUCCGAACUUGGCUUCUCGAACUGCGAAACUCCCGCUCGCUGCUCUGCAAAGGCCAAAGUGCCGCCGUUGACGUGGUGCUGGAUGGGUACAACAGGGCUCGGCAUGGGGCAGGGGUGUUUGGCGAAGAAGAGUUUCUGAAAUUCGAAGAAGCUCUAACCAACCUGUCCUCUCUUGUGAAAUCUCACACCAGCAGCAGCGCUCAACAGCACCACCAGUCUGCAGCCAAAGACUUGACCAGCUCCACAGGACCCGCAAGCUGCUCCUCCUCCCCCACCCAAACCACCUACCUCACAGCUUCAGCACAGCAGCGCAGCAAGCGGCCCAAACACUUCCUGGAACUAAAGAACUUUAAGGACAACUACAACACUCUGGAGAGUACGUUCUGAAAGGCCUGUGACUCCAGUCCGAUGCAAAGGUGGAAGAAAACGGUAGUGCUGACACUGAUACUAAAGUGCGCAUGGAUGCAGACGGUGUCAGUAUCGCCACACUGUAGUGUUAGAAUAAUGUUAAUACUGCCUUAGACACAUGAGGAAACACUGCCCACCUGUACUAACACACAUUGUUUUUUUACUGCAUAUCACUCUAGUACAUGGUACAGUGCCCUUUACCCAAGCUUAGCUGAUAUAUGCACAUGUAUACCCCGUGUUACUGCAACUACUACUGUCAUACUUGGAAAGAAUAAUCAAAUGAUAAAUAUGCGAAGUGUUUAGGGUUGAUUUGACCAAAACCAAACCAGAGCUGUCGUGCUAUGCAAUGGCAUCAGACAAUCAGUGUUUAUUGCACAAUGUAAAGGCCUAUGCAGACUUUAAAUCCACUUACUUUAUGUACCCUUACUCCUAGUUUACAAUAUUUAUAGACUGUUACACUAGAAAACCAGUGUUAUGUGACAUAUGUGCCUGGGUAAUGAUUCCUGGUAUCUCAAAGUGUUAAAAUGCGUUUGCACUGUCUCUGUUGUUGAUUUGUUGCCAAAUGAAUUUGACAGCUUGUUUUUUUUUUUUUUAUAUAUAGCUUUUAACUUUUGUUUUAUAGAAGCCAUAUUUGAAUGAAUGAAUGAAUGAAUUUUAAUGAUUUAAGUGCUCUUUUAAUUUGAUCACUUCUCUCAGUGCAAUGUAAUUUAAGAGUAUUCCAGUGCAUUAAUGUGUUCUGAAUGUGAUUUAAUGCCUCUUGGCCAGUCCAGUGACUUCUGUUUUGGGUCUCUGUCAGAGGUGGACUGGCCCCCAAAUGUCUGAGCUGUGUGUGUUGUUUCAUUUGGGAUUAAGCAUUUACAGGGAGGCAUGAUAAUGCCUGAAUGAUUUGAUCCUCCGUGGUGCUUUCAGUACAUGAUGUCAUUCCAAUAAAAUGGUGACAUAGGA